AUGGAGGCUUUUCCCUGGGCGCCCCGCUCGCCCCGCCGCGGCCGUGCACCCCCGCCCAUGGCGCUCGUGCCUAGCGCCCGCUACGUGAGCUCCCAGCGCCCAGUGCACCCGCAGCCCUUCAGCUCGUGGAACGACUACCUGGGGCUCGCCACGCUCAUCACCAAGGCGGUGGACGGGGAGCCGCGCUUCGGCUGUGCCCGCGGCGGGGACGGAGGCGGUGAGGGUUCCCCGCCCUCCUGUUCUUCCUCGUCGUGCUGCUCUCCCCACGCUGGGGCCGGGCCCGCGCUGGGGCCGCCCGACUACGACGAGGACGACGACGACGACAGCGACGAGCCGGGAUCCCGGGGCCGCUACCUGGGGGGCGCGCUGGAGCUGCGCACGCUAGAGCUGUGCGCGGACCCCGCCGAGGCCGGGCUGCUGGAGGAGCGUUUUGCCGAGCUGAGCCCGUUCGCUGGUCGCGCCGCCGCCGUGUUGCUGGGCUGCGCCCCCGCCGCUGCUGCCCCCGCCGAAGUGGCGCCGCGCGAGGAGCGGGCCGCGGCGUGGGCGGCUGAGCCCAGGCUGCACGCUGCCUCCGGGGCGGCCGCCGCCCGGCUGCUCAAGCCUGAGCUGCAGGUGUGUGUGUUCUGCCGGAACAACAAGGAGGCGGUGGCGCUCUACACCACCCACAUCCUGAAGGGACCCGACGGGCGAGUGCUGUGCCCCGUGCUGCGCCGCUACACGUGCCCCCUGUGCGGCGCCAGUGGUGACAACGCACACACCAUCAAGUACUGUCCGCUCUCCAAAGUGCCGCCGCCACCCGCCACCCGCCCGCCGCCGCGCAGCGCCAGGGACGGCCUGCCCGGCAAGAAGCUGCGUUGA